AUGACUUUGUGGAACUCCCCGGCUGUGUUGGCAUACGAUCAAAAUGUCUUCGCCAAGCUUAUGCAUGCAAUGCUUGGACUCUAUGGAUGGGAGUUCCUGAUGUCCCUCGACUUCGAAUGGAGCUUCCUCUGUGGAAAGCGUCGGCUUCGUUGGCCGAUGGUUCCGUACUUUCUGGGUCGGUACAUGUUGUUGACCACUCUGAUUACCAUUUGUAUCGCUUUGGACUCCACGCAUCCGUUAGACUGUCAGACUCUGUACACCUUCAAUCAGCUUGCGGGUAUGUCGUCCGCAGGAUUCUCUACCAUCAAUCUUUCAAUUCGAACAAUCGCGAUAUGGGACCGACACCGAUACAUCACUUUCCUUGUGAUCUUCCUCUCCCUUGGGCAAUGGGCUGUUAUACUGCAAGGAGCACUCCUCCGCGCUACCUACAUACCCGAUCAAGGAUGUAUCAUCACCGAAGCCAAGACGGGACUCAUCGCCAUCUCCUUCAUCUAUACCAUGGCUUUCGACUUCCUUAUCAUGUGCCUCAAUACAUGGAGAUUGUUACCUUACCCUCAGGGUGGCUGGACCGUCACGAAGCUCCUUUUCCGGGACGGGAUGAUAUACUUCGCGAUCUCAUUCUUGGGCAAUCUUGCAGCCUCGGUGGUCAUGCUCCUGAAUCUUAACUCGGUCAUGGACGUAAUCCUCAACGUACCUGCCGUAGUCGUCGCAAACAUAGCCUCCUCUCGCGCAGUCCGCAGGCUCGCCCUGUUCAGGCAAAAACCCGACUCUGACUUGGUGGCUCCAUCAGAUGUCGUCAUGCGGUUCUCCCCUCGAUUCCCGGAUAGCCGAAGGCUAUCGCAUAUGACUUCGGUGGAGAAGACUUUGCCGUCUUUCUUCGUUCCAAGGUCCACUAUCAACGAGCCUGAGUCGCCGGACGCUGAGACGCGGGAAAGCAUUUCGUUACCGUCAUUUCCUGAUCCGGCCGAAAUCGUCUGA